GCAAGAGACAACCGUAGGUGGUACCACGCAGCACUCAAAAGCCGUGGGUCGGUUGCGCAACUUUGAGGUAGGGUUAUUUUAUUGUCAUCCCGCCAACAAAAGAGACGGAAUCGUACAGCGGGUAGGAAACGCCGUUACAUCCGAAACCGAAAGUUUGAUGCUGUAAUUCUUCUCAAUUAUGCAUGAGCGGAUCCAGGGGCUUGUCUGACAGAGACGACCGUUCAUCUCUCAUCGACUCUGCCAAUCGGCGGCUCUUCUGCGGUAGUGGAAAUAGAUUCCGACUGCAAUUAAACAUUUCGUGGUGGAUGCUGAAAACCACCGGAAAGGAACUUCUCAUUGCCUCUGAAGACCACCACAUAGGCUACGGUACAGUACAGUACAGUAAUCCCCGGGGGUCUGCUGUGCUGCCUCUCCUUGCCUGUCGCCAUGGAGGCUAGAGGAAAGUACGAUUUCAAUGGCACUGCCGAAGACGAACUCAGCUUCCGGAAAGGAGACGUCCUCAAAAUCCUUGGUACUCAGGAUGACUGGUACAAAGCAGAGCUCCAUGGCCAUGAAGGAUUUGUGCCCAAAAACUAUGUUGACAUGCAGCCUCCCAGCUGGUUCAAGGAGACGGUGAGUCGGAAUGUAGCAGAGGACCUCUUGAUGCCACGGGAGGUGGGGGGUUUCCUGAUACGUAACAGCCAGACCUCCCCAGGAGAGUUCUCCAUCUCUGUACGGCAUGAGAGUGACGUCCAGCAUUUCAAAAUCAUGCGCGAGAACAAGGCCAAGUACCACAUAUGGAACGUGAAGUUCGGCUCCCUGAACGACCUGGUGGAAUACUACAAGAGCACCAGCAUCUCCAAGCAGCGGGAGAUCUGCCUGAGCGACGGCAGUCGGGAAGAGGGCAGCAGGACACCAUGUGCUCCUCAGCCAGCGAAGAGGAUCGACGUGACCAAGGAGCAAGGACCAAGGCCAGGCUAUGGAGGCUCCCCGCAAUCCGUGCAACCACGGCGGCCCUCAGAUCAGCAACAGAACAAGAGGCCUAGCCUGGAGGAUGGCUCCAGCGGCACGGGCUCCCUACCCAGGGUUCCUUUCCAACAGCAACCAUUCAGGCAGGUGAUACCGGAACCCACUUCCCAGCUAGUGCCCACGCAGGUGAAGGCCCUGUACGACUUCCAAGCCGAGGAAGACGAUGAGUUGGGCUUCAAGGCUGGUGACAUCAUCGAGGUGCUGGACUGCACUGACUCUCUGUGGUACAAAGGGCGUUUGCGGGGCCGAACGGGCUUGUUUCCUGCCAACUACACCAUGCCGAUGUGAGGAGGCAACGUGACGUCACUGGACGGAUGACAAGACAGCUUCAUAUGAGGAGCGCCUUCUCAGUCCUGCCUAAUGGUUUCACGCAGUGCCUUUGACAGACAGACAGACACACACACACACACGCACACACACACACACACACACACACACACACGCACACACACACACACACACACACAUGCGCAUGCACUCUCUCUCUCUCUCACUCUCUCUCUUUCUCUGAAACAGAAAUGCGCAUGACGAUUCAUGAAACUAAGAGAAAAGACAGGGAUUCUGAUGGGGACUGAAAUGUUCCAGCACUAAUGCCAACCAAGUACUUAUGAAUUUGUCAUUGUUUUGUGGACAUAAUAUGAGCUCAUUGAGACAGAUAUAAUAAUGAUUUUAUAUUUUUGAAAAUUGUUCUUAUAUUUCUGAAAUGUAAUAAAACUGAAACUGCCAUUGUAA